GCACACACUGCCAGUAACCAACAGUGACCCAGAAGUUUGGGCGGAUUGCUCUCUCUAAAAUAAAAAUAAGACGUUUUAAUUUUGUUUACUUUGUCAAUAUUUAUAAGGCGUGAGUGACUGUGAGAGUGAAAUAUGGCAGAGGAUCGUAGUUCUAGUUGCAGUCCAAAUCCAAAUGCUUUAGCAUCUGUUGAAUUCGAAGUGUACGGGCAAGUCCAAGGAUGCUACUUCACGAAGUACUGCAAAGAGAUUGCGGAAGACCUAGGCCUGGGCGGGUGGGUAAAGAACUCCAAGAAAGGGACAAUCGUCGGCAAACUCCAAGGCACUAAAGCACAGUUGGAUCAUAUGAUCGACUGGCUUUCUACUACAGGCUCUCCAGGCUGCAAGAUAGAGAAGUGCGAUCUCACCAACUGGGAGUACGUCGUUCGGCUCGACUAUCAUGACUUCAGUAUACGAUUUUGAAUCAUUUUUGCUUCAUGGGUCUUAGACACAACAUAAACACACCAGAGAAUUAACAUCAUUGCAUUAACGUUUUUGUUGUUUAGCGAUUGUACAACUUAAUCGAUCGCAAUGAAGGAUAGUAAAUUUCAGUGCUUGUAUUAUCAGAUUUUGAUGUAUUCUUUUGUAUUUUGUUUGGAAUAUAUUUUUUUUAAACUUUGUUUUGUUAAUUUUUAAUUUAAUUUCAUGAAAAAUUCUCUAGUCACCUCUUUGGAAAGAUUCUUCCUCUGAGACAGAAAAGUAUACACACACGCAAACGCAUGCACGCAAGCUUGCAUACUUACUCUC